AUGUCCACAGCAUAAUAAUUUAAAGAUCUUGGUAAUUAAGCUUUCAAAGAAAAUAAAUUUGAAGAAGCAGCUAAGUUUUAUUCAUAAGCAAUUGAAUUGAAUCCAAAUGAUCACAUACUCUACAGUAAUAGAUCAGGAGCAUAUGCUUCACUAUCUAAAUAUUAAGAAGCUUUAACAGAUGCUGAAAAAUGUAUUUAACUAAAUCCAAAUUUCGCAAAAGGUAUUAUAAUUCUUAAAUUAGGUUACCAAAGAAAAGGAUUAGCCCUACAUUAUCUUGGAGAUUUUGAGAAAGCUGUUGAUACUUAUCAAUAAGGUUUAGCCAAAGAUCCUAAUAAUUCUUUACUUUAAGAGGGUUUGAAAGCUGCCUAGACAGAAUUGUAAGGUACUUAGAACAAUCCAUUUGCUUCUGCAUUGAAGAAUCCAAAUAUUAUAAAACUUCUAGGUAUUCUCUAGAAAGAUCCAAGAACAUCUUCAUUUGCUUCUGAUCCAACAUUUAUGUAAUUAAUUGGUUUAAUGAUCUCUUAACCAUAGAUGGCCAGUUAAUUUAUGUAAACUGAUCCAAGAAUUUCUUCUGCUCUAUCUGUAAUAUUGGAAAAUCCUGAAGCAUAAUCAAUUUUUUUUUCAGAAUUUGCUGGAAAAGUAAAAAAACCAGAAGGUGAAUAAAAAGAUCAUCCUCAAUAAUAAUCAUAAAAAAUGGAAGAGGAACAACCUCAUCCAUAGCCUGAAUAAUAACAUCAUACUCAUUCUGAAUAAAGCUCUUAAAAAUAACAUAAUUAACCACCUCCAAAACCAUAACCUUAAUUUGAAGAAUGGGAAAUACAAAAAAAUUUAGGUAAUGAUGAAUAUAAAAAUAAAAAUUUUGAGAAAGCUCUUUAAUAUUAUAAUGCUGCUCUUUAAUUGAAUAAGGAUGAAGCCUUGUUAUAUAAUAAUAAAGCUGCAGUCUUUAUUGAAUAAAAGCUUUAUGAUUAAGCAUUAGAAGUAAUUGAUGAAGGACUCAAAGUUUUGGAAGUCCAUAGCAGUUUUUAGAAGAAAGCCAAAUUGUUGGCUAGAAAGGCUAAAGUAUUAUCACUAUAAAAUAAAUUUGAUGAAGCAAUUCAAAUGUAUGAAAAAUCAUUAGUAGAAGAUCAUGUGUAAUCUGUGAAAGAUGACUUAAAAAAAUUAUAAAAAAUGAAAUAAGAUGUUGAGGCAUAAAAUUACAUUAACCCUUAAUUAGGGGAAGAAGCAAAUACUAAAGGAGGUGAUGCUUUUAAGGCAGGAAAAUUCCCAGAGGCAAUUCAUUGUUAUAGCGAUGCUAUUAAGAGAAAUCCAAAGGAGCCUAAAUAUUAUUGCAAUAGAGCAACAGCAUAUAUGAAAUUAAUGGAAUUUCCUAAUGCUGUUUCAGACCUUGAAAAAUGUUUAUAAUUAGAUUCAAAAUAUGUUAAGGCCUAUGUUAAAAAAGCAAAUUGUCAUUUUGUUAUGAAAGAAUUCCAUAAAGCAAAAAAUGUUUAUGAAAAGGGAUUAGAACUGGAUCCUAAUAAUUUGGAAAUGUAAUAAGGUCUUGAAAAAGUGAGAUUUUCAAUUUUGUAAGGAGGUGGAUCAGAAGAAGAAUAAUAACAAAGGGCUAAAAGAGCUAUGUAAGAUCCAGAAAUUUAAUAGAUACUUCGAGAACCAGAGGUAUAAUAUAUAUUAAAUAAUUAGGUUAUUAACCUCUUGAAUGAUAUGAAAGAACAUCCUUAGGAUGGAUUAAAAGCAAUAAAAUAGAAUCCUUCAUUAGCAGCCAAAAUUGAAAAAUUAAUAGAGGCUGGUGUUUUAAAAACAGGUUGAUA